GUUCACGCAAAGAAUCUGCUCCACAAGUUUUGCUUCCAGAAGAAGAGAAAAUUAUAGUGGAAGAAACUAAAAGUAACGGCCACGGUGAUGGAAGAGAAGAGCCUGGUGGACACUGUGUACGCGUUGAAGGAUGAAGUCCAAGAACUGAGACAGGACAACAAGAAGAUGAAGAAGUCCCUGGAGGAGGAGCAGCGGGCCCGCCGGGACCUGGAGAAGCUGGUGCGCAAGGUGCUGAAGACACUAAACGACCCGGCCUGGGACGAGACCAACCUCUGAGGGCCGGCCGCAGCGGGCCACACUCGGGAGGUGCAGGCGCCCAGGGCCCCCGGCACCGCCUCCUGCCGCACUCGGGAGGCGCAGGCGCCCAGGGCCCCCGGCACCGCCUCCUGCCGUAAGUGCAGAACCAGUGCAGAGCCCGGCUUCCCAGACUGUUGGGAUGUGACGGACACGCGUGCCCUGCACCUCCUGCCCCCGACCGCGGACCUGCGUGCUGCGACUCCCUCCCCACACGCCUUCCUGGCGGCCUGCACCCCUGCCGUGCGCCCACAGCCUGACCUCAGACCCUGUGCGCAGGCGCUGCAAGCCCGCGGAGCGGCCGCCCAGAGACCCGGCCCCCACGCCCCGUGGGCUCCCGGGCUCUUCUGUGGCCGGUCUGACCACUCCACGCUGCACGGUUCCAUCCUACCCCGAGAGUUCCAGCACUUGUAAAUAGAAUGUGUUAUUUAUUGUGGCCCCAGCAGAGGGAGGCAGCCGGCCUGGCCGCGACGCUGGGAGCUGCUCCCAAGGGCGGGCUCUCCCUCCGGGCUGACUGGGCACAGCCCCGCCCGUGCGAGCCGUCCCCUCGGCAGAAGCAAAGCAAUACACAGCCCAGUGCGGCUCAGUGACUGCAGCCCAGAGGCCCCACCGGGGCGGGCAGGGCAGGGAGCCGGCCUCGCCCAGCUCUGCGGGCCUUGGGCCUGGGAGGCUGUGGGCGCUCCCGGCCGGCUGUCCCCUCUCCCUUGGCAAUAAGCAGUGGUGACCCAGGGCCUGGCCGGCCUUUCCCUCCUGUGUCGGAGAUGACGGAACCUCCCGCAGAGCAGUUGUCGUGUCUCUAGAGACCUGUGUGACAGCGGACGAGACCGCGUGACUGCGCCUGCUGAGCCCUGCCUUUGACCCGGCAGCCUGGGGGUUGGUUCUGUCCCCGCACCCCUGCUGACGAGGGCACCUUCUCCUGCCCCAGCCCUGCGGCUGCGCGGCCCCUAACCCGAGUCGCCAGCGCUCUGUGUUGGCGUUUUCUACCUGUCUGUCUUGUCUUUUGGUGAGCUGCUCUCCCAAGCGGCUUUCUGGUGUUGCCCAGGACGUGCGGCAGAGGCGGGGGCUGUGUGCCGGCAGAGCCGCUGUGCCCAGCAGGCGUUAACUCAGGAACAACUGCCCCGCCCCCCGUGCCUCUGCCAGCCGUCAGCUGUGGUCUGUGGCCGGGGUGGGCCCCUCCAGAGCCUGCCUUAACCGGGGAGGAGGGCCGGUCCGUGUAAAGCCUCCCCUGAGCUGAGCCGCGCUCACCGUGGCGGCCGUGGGCCCAGCGCCUCCUGGAUCAGAGACGGGUCUGCAGGGAGGGCUGCCCUCUGGUGCGCGGCCCUGUGCCUGUCGCCCAGUGACCUCCGGAAGGGGAGGAGCUGGCGUGGACGGGCAGGGGUGUGUGGCCCACAGCUGUCCCUGCGGCAAGUGAGGCCGGGCGGGCGUCUCUCCCUGCACGUGGGAAGCACUUCCUCUUGGAACCGGCGUAGAGAUGUAGCAUCCGGGACUUGCCGGGCCCCGGGCACCUGCCUGGGCUUGUCCUGGACUCUGUCCAUGCCAAUCAUUCUCUCCACCUCGGGGACCUUGGACGGCAUGGAGCAGCCCCUCCUUGCUGUCACAGACCAUGUCCUGGUGUCGACUGCUACAGUGUUCGCGCUGCGUUGUUGGAAUCAUUAAACUCGUUAUUUUUCUUAAGUCACAAAA